AAAAGAGAGAGUGGUAAAAAAACAGAGGCUUUACUCUUUCCGGCGAUUCUCGGCGACAUCUCGACUCCGAUAGAUUUGUAGUUGUAGAUGGAUAAUGAAGGUGGUGUUCAACCGAAGCAAGAACGUUCGAGGACGAGGUGGACACCAGCCCUUGACAAGACAUUUGCAGAGUUGGUUAUUAAGCAGAUUCAGUUGGGGAACAGGCCAAACAAUGUUUUCGAUAAGAAAACAUGGAAUAUUAUCCGCGAUGAGUUUAACAGGCUAACGGAUCUCAACUUCAACAACAAUCAGUUGAGGAAGCACCUGGACGUUCUAAGGACACGCUUCUACAGUCUGAAGUCGGCUUAUGAUCAACCUAAUGACUAUGCUUUGGAAGAUCCGUGUUGUAUCGAGUUUGAUCAUCUAUGGGCAGACCUAGGGGCACAGCAGCCGAGGGCUGAAACUUCUAAAGUAAAGGAUUGUCCCAUAUAUGAUCAGCUGUGCACAAUAUUCACAGACUCAGCAGCUGAUGGGAAAUACGCUCAAUCUAGUCAUUAUGAAGGGUUAGACAAGUCGGCAGGAACGGACAAUGUAGGUUUCAGUUCCUGUCCUCUCAGUGAAGCCCCUCACUCUGAAAAUACACCAUCCUCAAGACCUGUGCAAGGAAAUUUGUUAUUUGCAGAAAAGGUUACCAAGCUUGUAGUAGAGAGGAAAAGGAAGCGUACAUCUGAUGCACAGGCUUCUGAGAGUCAAAGCAGAAGAGAUCAAGAAACAUGUGAUACUAUGGCAAAAGCCCUACAAGAUAUGAUUGCAGCCUCAAAGCUGAGGACAGCCGCAACAAUGCCUAGAGAUGACAAGUUUAGCAUAAGUAAUUGUAUAAGAGCAUUGGACGAGAUAAAAGACGUUGACGAACAGCGUUACUUUGCUGCAGUUGACCUGUUUGAUAACCCUAAUUUAAGGGAGACAUUCAUCUCUCUAAAAGGUGAUCAUAUACGGUUGACGUGGUUGCAAGGGAAGUGCAGUAAAACUGCCUACAGUUAGGUUAGGGCUAGAACUUUUAGAAUUUUUUGUCAGUACAGAACUGAUCUUGGUGGCAACAGUUUCUUUUAGAAUUAUAGUCCACUAACUUGUUCAUAAUAUGGCUUUAUUCAGGAGAAGAAAUAGUCAGACUACUUUGUUCAUAUA